AGCCGUGUCCUAUUAAGAGCAAACUUUGUGAUGUUGUUCUCCCAAGUUCAGCCCAGCCUGCGCGGAGUUCGUGCUCCGACAUUGCCUCUCCAUCCCUGCUCCUAUCACCGCUUUUGUUGACGCCGUUUUACAGGACAUGGGCAGGAUGGGCGUUUUGGGCCAGCAAAUAAGUUGCCUCCUCGGCUUGUCUGCGGAACGUUCCUAAGUCGGACAAGGUCGAUGCCGCACCGUGUGGAAUGAACAAUGGCGAGGCUCCUUGGCGCUGCGGCCGACGGCAUGCUUUGGUUCCGUCUGCUGUUGCUCGGCGUGCUGUUGGAGUCAGAACCCGGUGCCGGGGUCUCCGUUUUCCAAGGUUUCUAUCUCCCACCUGCGAACGACUCGCUGCUCACACCGGCCAGGAGGACGGAUGGUGUCGUGCGAACUGUUGACCGGAUCUAUAACGGAGGCGGGAAGGCGGGUUAUCUGCUCUACCUGGACGGGAGUCGCUUUCAACUGGACAUGGAGCGCGAUGAGUCUGCGCUGUCGCAUCACUUGAGCCCCCGGUAUGUCCUCGCUAUGAUGGGAGGCAGCGCGGAGUCUUUGCGGCGGGACUGCGUGUACCGCGGAACCGUGAACGCCAAGCCGGAGUCCCUGGCCGUCUUCAACCUCUGCGGCGGAGGUCUUGAAGGCUUCUUCGCCGUGCACGGCGUGCGCUACGCCGUCACGCCGAUCGUCCGGGCCAGGGGACGCGAGCGCGACGCGCGCGCUCUGCAGGACAAGGACGCGGAACACGCCCUCCACGUGUUCACGCGCGAGGGCUUCACGUUUGAAGCCGCGCGCGACGCCCGAGAGAGCUGCGGGACGCGCGACGGGCGCCGAGGACGCAGGGACGCGGCGGGGAAAAGUCGCGGCGGGAGGACCCGACCUCACCCGGCCAGAGAGAGGCUCUCUGUGGACGGGCGAGGAUGGUUGAGCCGGCUUGUUCGACUUGCGGCUACCGACAGCCUCAUGAGGCGCAGGAGGUCGGUCUCCCGCGCCAGACACGUGGAGCUGCUUCUGGUGGCGGAUGAAACCAUGACGAAGAAGUACGGCAAGGACUUAGACCACUAUCUCCUCACGCUGGCCUCCAUCGCCUCCAAGCUGUACGGGCAUGCCAGCAUCGAGAACCCCAUCCGGCUGUCCGUGGUGAAAGUCACCACGGUCACCGACAAAGACAAAGGGCUGGAAGUGUCCAAGAACGCGGCGGCAACUCUCAAGAGCUUCUGCAAGUGGCAAAACCAGCAAAACCCGCUCGACGACGACCACCAACACCACCACGACGCCGCCAUCCUCUUCACUAGGCAGGACCUCUGCGGCCAUCACUCCUGCGACACCCUGGGAAUGGCAGACGUCGGCACUAUCUGCUCUCCGGAGCGAAGCUGCGCCGUCAUUGAGGAUGACGGGCUUCACGCCGCGUUCACAGUGGCGCAUGAGAUCGGCCAUUUGCUGGGUUUGUCCCACGACGACUCCAAAUUCUGCGAGGAGCGUUUUGGCGUGAACAGCGACAAGAGGCUCAUGUCCUCCAUCCUCACCUCCAUCGAUGCGUCCAAACCUUGGAGCCGCUGUACCUCGGCCACUGUCACGGACUUCUUUGACGACGGCAACGCCGAGUGCCUUCUUGACUCGCCGCGUCAGCCCCUGCUGGGUCCCGAAGAGCUGCCGGGGCAGAGCUACGACGCCGUGCGCCAGUGCCGCCUGGCUUUUGGACCAGAAUACACCGUGUGUCCCGGUAUGGACGUGUGCUCUCGGCUGUGGUGCGCGGUCAUUCGCCAGGGACAGAUGGUGUGUCUGACCAAGAAGUUGCCGGCCGUGGAGGGAACCCCCUGCGGGAAGGGACGCAUCUGCUUGCAGGGCAAGUGUGUGGACAAAACGCGCAAGAGGCAUUACUCGUCGUCCAACCACGGCAGCUGGAGCUCUUGGGGCUCUUGGGGCUCAUGUACCAGAACGUGUGGCGGCGGAGUGCAAUUUGCCCAGAGGCUGUGCAACAACCCUCCGCCGCGCAACAACGGGCGUUACUGCACCGGGAAGAGAGCCAUCUACCGGUCGUGCAAUGUCACACCAUGCCCACCAUCGAAUAAGAGUUUCCGGCAGGAGCAAUGUGAGGUGCGCAACGGCCCGCAAACAGAUCCAAAAGGGGUGAAAACCUUUGUUGAGUGGGUGCCCAAAUAUGCUGGAGUUCUCCCGAAAGAUGUGUGUAAACUCACCUGCAGGGCGAAAGGAACCGGUUACUAUGUUGUGUUCUCGCACAGGGUGAUAGACGGGACCGAAUGCCGUCCUUACAGCAGCUCGGUGUGUGUGAAGGGGAAGUGCGUGCGAACGGGCUGCGAUGGCAUCAUAGGCUCCAAACUUCAGUUUGACAAAUGUGGCGUAUGUGGCGGCGACAGCACGGGAUGCAUCCGGGUUGUGGGCAACUUCACCAAGAAAAGUAAGGGCUACACCGACGUGGUGAAGAUCCCCGCAGGCUCCACCCACAUCAAGGUCCGUCAGCACAAGGCAAAAGACCAGACCCGCUACACCGCCUACCUCGCCCUGCGGAAGCCCAGUGGGCAUUACCUCCUCAAUGGCAAGUUUAUGAUCUCCACCUCCGAGACGAUCGUUCCGCUCAACGGCUCUGUGCUCAACUACAGCGGCUGGAGUCAAAGGGAUGAAUGGCUCCACAGCAUGGGCCCCGGGGCCCUUCAAGAAGCCUUGGUCGUCCAGAUCCUAGCGACAGACGCUAAAAAGCCCCUGGACGUUCGUUACAGCUUCUUCAUGCCCCGUCGAACGACUCCGCAGCAGCCGCCAGCGCCGCUUGUCCCGAACUUGAAUUUGGCCCACGUACGGGGCACGACAAUCGACGCAACGAGAACCACCCGCAGUAGCGCCACCACAUCUUCCCCCAACCCCACUAUCCUGGUUCCCAGGGCAACGGCGGCUUCCUUUCUGUCCACACCGCCGACCGGACCCCAAUGGGUGACGGGAGUUUGGAUGAGCUGCUCCAGGACUUGUGACACUGGUUGGCAGAGCAGGACUGUUCAGUGUAAGGACCAGGGUGGGAAACUGUCCAAGGGAUGUUUGCUGGAUUCUCGUCCCUCUGCUUUUAAACACUGUCUUGUGAGAAAAUGUUAAAAAAUGGCAGCGGGGAGGGGAACAAGACUUUGGAGGACAACGUAAAGUGGAUCAAGAAAAGUAGCAAGCGCUGCGUGUUGGAAUCAUGGACCGAUGAUUUGAAGACAUCAUCUAGAACCUUAAUCAGGGCUGUGAAUGUUGGACCAAGUCUCACAGAGACUCCGCUUGAAGAAUGUCUCAGAAUCACAGUUGCGGAGCACAAGUUACGCGUGGACCCUUUUUGUGCGUGUGUCGGCGACUCCACUUUGUUUCAGCAUCCAAAUGUAUUUUGUCCGAUGUUGCGUCUUUGUCGAUGUGUGUGAAUGUGUGUAUGUUUGCGCAUGUGUGUUCAAGUGCUAUAUCCUCCCAAAUAAGGGAGACGCACGUCAUUCGCCUUCUGGCUUUACUUUAACGCUUUGACCAUCCCACUUAAGCAGGGACGUGGGCCGACGUUGACCAACAAUGGACGGGGAAACCCAGACAUUCGGUGUUUAUAUGUGGUGCUUUACACUCUGUCCAUCCUGCACAAUCAUACGACAAAAAGCCGGGGAAUCAGCUAUAGUGUGGUCGAGACUUGCUCAGGUUCUCGAAGUUCCUUCGCUCCGCAAUAGCUCAGGAAGAAUCUUCUUCCUUACGACACGAGUGUUGACGUCCGAGGGGGUAAAGUAACCGUGACUCCAUGACUGGCAGAUUGACAUUCUUGGAGGUGAAACGCACAUCGCUUAUUUUGCUUCAUUUUUGAAGUGUGCGCAAAAAUGCAAACAAAGACAAUACACUGGGAACUUUCCAUUGGUGCGCAAUGCCUUUUAGCGGGGCGUACACAUUCUGGUAACGGGAGCAAAUAUUUUCCACCCCUUCUAAUCAAAGUCAGCGAAAGCCCAGUUUUCGGAUCUCAACUGAGAGAUUAUCCUGACCAGCGGAGAAAUGGUUGUGCGUGCGCUGCGCUUUGUCCACGAUCUCAAGUACGAUGCGUAUGAGAAUGGAAGAUACGCCAUGAUAUCUUUCCGCAUCGUGUGGCGUCUCUCAUAUUUUUUUUAAAUGGUCAGGAUUAAAGUCAGUAUGCGUGUACCCCCGCUUCACCCAUUGCGACUCAUCAACUCAAUGUAAGCCUUCUUGAACGGCGGACGAUCUCUACAUAUGUGUUGGUCUUCCAAGCAAUUUGCAGAGCCGUGUGCAACAUCGCUUCACCUCAUUGCAACGCACGCCUUCUUCCUUUGAGGAAAGCCCUCUCGCUGAACAGCAAAAAAAACAGCACUGAGCUUGUAAUUUAUUGUUUGUACAACUGCUAUGUGUGAAUAACGAAGCAACAAAAUGAGGUUUAUUUAUUGUAGUAAUUUUGUACCAGAUUACUAUUUAACUUUAGGACUAUGCAGAAUUCUCAAUAUAAGGAUAUUGUGUUUUUUUCUCGUUGUGGGAUGUACAUAAAAUAUCUAUAUUUAAACAUCUUGCGUCUUUUUGUGUUUGUGGGUGCAGGUGUGUUUUUAAUAUGUAUUAACCAAUACAAAAACUUGACAAAGUAAGACCAAAUCCACUCGGUUUACUCUGUGAAUGGGAAGCCAAAAUAUCCAGUAUUUGGGUGCGACAGUUCCCAUGUGGUGAAAGUCCAAUUAUGUCCGACAUGUAUGUGGAUUUGAGAGGUAAAUGUUAGAUGAAUGUGCAUGCACACAAACUACAA